UCAUACUUUAUCGUACAAUCCAUUGCACGGUAUUUAAUUGUUAGGGAGAAGUGCAAGGCCGCCGCUGCUUUUUCUUCCCGCAUUGUUAUCUCAAUCUGAUGGCUGGAAUUGUCGUCGUGUUUGACUUCGAUAAGACGAUCAUCGACUGCGACAGCGAUAACUGGGUUGUCGAUGACCUUGGAGCCACUCGGCGCUUCGACGAGCUCCUCGAAUCUUUGCCAUGGAACUCUGCCAUUGAUAGGAUGAUGGGGGAACUCCACUCACAAGGGAAAACCAUUGAAGAGAUCUCAAACAGCCUGAAAAAGGCUCCCUUGUCCCCACACACCAUUGCCGCCAUCAAGUCGGCCCAUUCUCUUGGGUGCGAGCUGAGGAUAGUGAGUGAUGCCAAUCUCUUCUUCAUCGAGACCAUUCUCAACCACCAUGGGCUUGUCGGUUAUUUCUCUGAGAUCAAUACAAACCCAGGCUAUGUUGAUGAGAAGGGGAGGCUCAGGAUCUUCCCGUACCAUGACUUCACUACCUCUUCUCAUGGUUGCUGCCUCUGCCCUCCAAACAUGUGCAAGGGUAAGGUCAUUGAGAGAAUCCGAACCUCUGCUUUUGCUGUGGAGAAGAAUCGAUUCAUCUACUUGGGUGAUGGAAAAGGAGACUACUGUCCCUCACUUGAGCUAAAUGAAGGGGACUAUGUGAUGCCAAGGAAGAACUACCCUCUAUGGGAGCUCAUUUGCAAUGACCCUCAGGCUCUGAAAGCUGCGAUCCAUGAAUGGAGUGAUGCAGAAGAACUCAAGACAGUCCUCCUCCGACUCAUCAAUGAUUCAGUCUCGGCCGAUCUCAACAAUGCAGCCCGUUUGCUUUCAGCUGAUUGCAAGUUGCAGACUAUACCGCUUUCCCCACAUGAGCCUUUGCCCAAGGCCCUUCCUGUUCCUCACUAGCCAUGCUUCGACUUGUUUUUCUUUUGAGGGUAAAGGGGGGAAGUGAAGUGCUUCCCUUCAACCUUCAUUAAGUAUGAAGUUAUGUACAAAAUAUAUAUGAGAAGAGGUUAUAAUGCAUUAAUUCAUGUGUGAGUACAGGAGGUUGCAAUGGUUGGACUUGAUCAUCGAAAAUAGAAAGCAAUGGUAAACUACUUAAGUUUGGAUAAAA